UAAUUUUCAUUAUAAUUAUUGUUUGAUAUUUGUUUAACUAAGAAUCAUAAUAAUGGUGAGAGAAAAAGGAGGAAACUUGGUGCUUAUUGCAGCAUGUUCAUGUUGUUUACUCCUCUUUGCUUUGCUUUUUUCUGCACUUUUUGCCCCCUUUGAUCUUCUACCAUUUCACUCAUUGAGAUGGCAGACUAUGGGAAAUUGGAGAGAUGGUUUGAGCAACAAUAACAAUUCAAGAGUUAUUGAUGAGAGCAUAGAAGAGAUGGAGCCUCUUCAACUUCUAAUGGGAAGACUUGUGAGAGGUGAGGAUCAUACCCAACUACAGAGAACAGGAUUUGCUUGUCAUACAGAUUUACAUUCCAAAGUAUGUUUGACAGACAACCCAACAAGAAUCAACAACACCAACCUUCAAUUUUACAUCUCAAUUACCAACAAUGAUUCUCAACAAACCAACUUUUCUCCAAUCUUAAUUCAUCCAUAUGCAAGACAAGAGGACAAAAUUACCUUAAGAGAUGUUACUCCACUCCAAAUCAUAUUCCAACCAAACAAAACCCUUUUACCCCCUUGUCAAUUCCUCCAUAAUGUUCCUGUUCUCAUCUUCUCCACCGGGGGCUUCACCGGCAAUCUAUUCCACGAGUUCGACGAGACCAUCAUCCCUUUGUUCAUCACUUCUUACCACUUUCGAACUCGGGUUCGGUUUCUCAUUACCGAUCACAAGACUUGGUGGGUUCAAAAAUACAACCGAAUUCUCUCCGGUUUAUCUCGUUACAAUGUCAUAAAUCCAGCUGAUGAUGGAUCUGUUCAUUGUUUCAAUGGAGGUGUCAUAGGAUUGAAAUUCCACAACAUUUUAUCGUUGAACAACACUGAUAUUCCCGGAGGUUAUUCCAUGUCAGAUUUUCGGAGUUUCCUAAGACAAACCUAUAAUUUAAAAGUGAAUAAUGUGAGUGAAUUGAGUGGGAAAAAACCAAUGGUGAUGUUGAUAUCUCGUCAAACCUCAAGGAGGUUUAUGAACGAAGGAGAAAUGGUUGAGAUGAUGAAGGAAGUUGGGUUCGAAGUGAUGACGACAACGCCGCAAAGAAUGUCGAAUUUGGACAAGUUUUCGUCGGUAGUUAACUUGUGUAGUGUGAUCGUUGGGGCACAUGGGGCUGGGCUAACGAAUGAGGUGUUUUUGGCAAACGGCGCGGUAGUCGUGCAAGUGGUGCCAUUCGGGCUUGAUUGGCCUUCUACAUAUUUCUUUGGGAAGCCAGCAGCUGAGAUGGAGCUUCAAUAUUUAGAGUAUAAGAUUGAGGCAAAGGAGAGUUCUUUAUGGGAUAAAUAUGGAGAAAAUCAUCCUGUUAUUAGAGACCCCGAGUCCAUAUUUGCCCAAGGUUACUUUGCUAGUAGAGCUAUUUAUAUAGAUGAACAGAAUUUGAAGAUAAAUUUGACUAGGUUUCGGGAUACUAUGAUUCAAGUCAAGAAAUUGAUUGAAGAAAAAAGAGGAAGUUGGUGAAUUGAAACACAAAACUCGUGUAGAAUAAGUAAAGUCACUUUUUUGUACAUGAACAAUUUUUUUCUUCCGACUUGUUAAAUAAAACAGUCUACUAUGUAACAAUUGUACAAA